AUGGACGAAGGGGAACUACCACUGCCUAUAGACGACUACAUACUCAUCCGUCUCUGCGUGGAAUUUGGUCCGUUUGUAUUCCGAGGACGUGAAUAUGAACAGAUCCAGGGACUUGCGAUGGGCUCACCUCUUUCAGCAGUUCUUGCCCAGCUGUUCAUGGAAACCCAUGAGGCUGACUAUUACCGUAAUAUCUUGGGAAGCAACGUGGUCUGGCUUCGUUAUGUGGACGACAUUCUCGCUGUAGUGCCGACCAGGACGAACCUGCAAGAUCUCCUCUAUAGACUAAAUGCAGGACAUCUCUCCAUACAGUUCACCACAGAAGAAGAAAGGGGUGAGCAGGUCCCUUUUCUAGACACCUUAAUCCACAGGAGCCCUGACAGUCCGGUGUUCUCCCUGUACAGAAAACCCACAUAUAAAAACGAUUCCAUGCAUUAUUUCUCUGCCCAUGGCAAGAGGACCAAAGAAGGCUUGGUCAUUGGCUUCUUCCUCCGAGCCCUCAGAAUGUGCAGCCCGGAUUUCCUGGAGGAGGAAAUGCAACAAGGUCUGCAACACCUUCCAGCACCUCCAUUAUCCCCGCUCCAUGCUCACCCACCUCCGACGCAAGGGCGAAGAGAUCACGAACAGACCGAGAGGGGACGACACGCAGAACAACCCCAGAGAAUAAAUCAUCCUCACUCGGAAUUGAACUGA